AUGACAGUCUCUACUGGGAAACACCUGAUAGUCGUCCCAAUGCAGAUGUGGGGGCACACUCGUACGUUAUGCACCUUGGUUGCCCGUAUGGUCAAGCUACGCAACGUUACCGUCGCCUUCUUUGUGAUUACAAGUUUCUAUGACUUAGUCAUGGCAGAGGUUGCACGCGAGCUCCUUCCGGAAGAGGCGUACCUCUCUUCUCGACUCAGAGUUGUUGGCCUAGAGCAUAAUAUUAUCGACAUCAUGAGGACCAGCGUCCUAGAGGCUGCCUUCGAAGCCUCCUACGUCAAGAUGCUGAACGACGAGCCCCUUACAUGUGCUCGAACAGGAGCCCAGAUCGUUGCGCACCCCGUUCGUGUCAGCGCCGUCAUCCUCGAUUCUCCGAGCUGGCGAGCUAACACUGCUAUAAAGAUGUUUCUUCCGGACACAUUUCUGUCCAUUCGCAAGCAUACCUCAGAUACCGUGAAGAUAUACACAUGGACUCCUAUAGCGACACAAGUGUUCUUCUUCCACCUCACGCAGGACAACAUGGGAGCUGUCGAAGCCGAAGCUGAAAGACAAGGAAUCACCUUCGAACAGGCUGCAGCUCAGCUGGCUAAGGUCACGGGCAAGGUUCUGCAUACGCCAGUAACCAAACCAGUACAUGACUACGAGAUCCAGCCCCAGGCGUUCCCAGUGGAGCUUCUUGGCAUUGGAGUGAAGAUGUCUAGGAUCAUGGGAAUCACAGAUGGGUUCAUAACAUUCGACGCAGCAGACUACUGUCCCAACACCACCAAGGCGAUCAAGGAGUGGUUCGCGCAGACUUCGCGCAAGGCGUACUAUGCAGGCCCGUUGAUUCCGCAGAGCAAAGAAAACGUCUCAGACGAGUCCCACGCUCAGGAAGUCUUAGCAUUCUUGGACAGAAGCCUGGCGUCGCAUGGGGAGAAGUCGGUCAUAUACGUAUCUUUCGGGUCGCUGUUCUGGCCUACGGAUCCGAAGAAGCUCCAUGCUGUUCUCGGUGUGCUUAUGGACAGGAACAUACCCUUCGUGAUGAGUGAAGCGGCUGUACUGUCCAAGAGAUUGCCGAAGGAAGUGCAAGAGAAAGUUGUUCAAUACGGGUAUGGCUUAGUCUCGAAAUGGGUACCUCAGCAGGCUCUGCUUGAUCAUCCUGCGACUGGAUGGUGUCUCUCGCAUGGUGGACACAACAGCACCCUAGAGACGAUAAUGGCGGGUGUUCCUACGAUCGUCUGGCCCAUCAUUGCGGACCAGCCCCUGAACGCCACCUAUCUUUCUGAAGACCUCGAUGUUGCGUACGAGCUGAUCGAGGUCCGGAACGGAACAGGGGCCUGCAAGAUCUUUCGCAACGGAAGAGUGCCCAUCGCGACAAUUGACGCCGUCAAGGCGGAGAUGGGCGAGAUCCUGGACCGAGCAUUCGGCGAGGAUGGUAGGAGGAAGCGGGAAAACCUACAGCGCCUCCGGAAGACCCUUCAGGAGGCCUGGUCGGAACAUGGAGUCGCCAGGCGGGAAGUGGAAGCGUUCUUGGACGACCUCUGA